AUGUUGUCCAGUGCAGAAGGCUUCGAAUAUACUCCAACGGAGGGACUAAAGGCGGGCCUGCCAACCCCUGCAGUCAUAGACCCUCAUGAACUGAAUGCGAGUACGACUGAGACUUACGAUGCCAUCGUCAUAGGAGCAGGUUAUGCGGGCCUCAUAACAGCCCGAGACCUUACAUCUCAGGGACGCAAAGUACUUCUUAUCGAAGGCCGGGACCGCAUCGGAGGCCGCACAUGGACAUCAUACACCGACGGGCACGCUUAUGAGAUGGGCGGCACUUGGAUCCACUGGCACCAGCCUCAUUUGUGGACGGAAGUUACACGAUAUGGACUGAACAACCAAAUCAAGGAUUCUCUGGAAAUUUACCCGGAGUCAGCGCCACAAUCAACCUACACGGGGGGCUCCAGGAAAGACUGGUCGCCGGCAGAAAUAACUGCUAUGCAAGAGAAGUCGGCCGCCACGUUUUUCGCAAUCGAUGGUAAACAUCCGACGGAAUGGCUUCCCUACCCGCACAAUCCGAGCUAUAAUCGUGCCGAUUAUGUCAAGUAUGAUCGAAUGUCGGUUCAGGACCGUCUCGACCAACUCGACGGCGUCCUGUCCGAAGAGGAGAUGGCCUUCACGAAGGCGAACCUCGGUGCCCUGGCAGGGAUCGACUUUGCUCAAAUCAGCCUGUUUGACAUGGUGCAGAGAUGGCUGUUGUGCGGGACCACGCAGGAGGAGUACAUGAACCACAUGGUCCGGUACAAACUCAAAUGUGGGCAAACCGGACUGGCCAGUUGUAUUUUCGACGAUGCUCGCUCGACCGGAAAGCUCUCGUACAGCUUUUCCAGUUCCCUCCAGGCCAUCAACAGCUCGGAUCCGCGGAGGGCGACCGUGACUUGCGCCGACGGCCGCACGUUCAGCGCCCGUCAGGUGGUCUGCACCAUUCCGCUCACCGUCUUGAGAUCUGUCCGCUUCUUCCCGGAGCUCCCUCCACUCAAGGCCGAAGCAAUUGCGAAGGCCAAGUCGAACCUCAUCAGGAAGCUUCACGUCCAGGUUGAGGGAAAACAAUGGAAGUCGUGGGCGGGUGCCAAAUUCGCCGAGGAAGAGUUGCUCAUGGUGAUGGGCGAGUCCCACUCACCCUCCGGGAAGGACACGAAUUUGGUCGCCUUCCAUGAUGGGGCAAACAUUGGUGACCCGAGAAUCAAAGCCAAGGAGCUGGUCAAGUACUUCGAGGGACUCCAUCCAGAUAUGAAGGUCAAACGCUUUGUCUUCGCCGACUACAUCGACAGCCCAUUCUCCAAGGGUGGCUGGUGCGUCUUCCAACCAGACUACAUGUCCAAGUAUCUCGGAGCACUGCAAGAGCCCGUGGGAAACGUCAAGUUCGCCAGCGGUGAUUAUUCCGAUGGGUGGAGAGGAUUUAUUGACGGCGCCAUCGAGGGUGGCAUCAUUGCUGCCAGAGCAGUGGAACAAGACCUCCGGUCGCCACCUCGUCACCCAAAGUUGACCCGGAUCUAG